UCUGACAAUUGUUUAAAAAUCAAAUUUCAAAAUGAGUUUGAGAAUUACUAACCUAAAAUAACGUGGGAAUUGAUUAUUAUCAAUUGAGUAUUGACCAUUUAAAUAUUUUCAGCGUAAAACUUGCGAGACUUUCAGCAUUUUGAAAUCUAUGAUUUAAAAAUUUCAUUUUGCGCUUUGUUUGUUUGUAAUUACUUCUAAGAUGGAUUGUUUAUUAGUAGCAGAUAAUAUCAUAGUUGCUGCAAAAGGUAGUUUUAUUGAUUGUUUAAUUAAUCAUAAUCACAAAAUAAUAUCUAUUGAAGAUUCCCCUGACUCCAAUAAUUCAGUAUGUGAUUUAGCUAUUUCCAAUAAUAAUGAAUACUUAGCGACAUUGACUUCGGAUAAGAAUCUUACGAUCUAUAAACUUCCUUCCUUUGAUCGUGUUAAUCUAUUUGUAUUGCCAAGAAGCGCAAGUAAAAUCAGAUUUGGAGCCGAAAACUCUCAUAUUUUUGUAGCAGACAAAACUGGAGAUGUUUUAUUUUAUGAUAUAUUAAAAAAUGACAGUGGUGUUAAGCUUCUGGGACAUUUAAGUUUUCUCUUGAAUGUUUUACAAAGUCAAGAUGGAAAUUAUCUCAUAUCAGCUGAUAGAGAUGAAAAAAUAAGGGUUUCAUGCUAUCCUAACACAUAUAAUAUACAAACAUACUGUCUAGGACAUAAGGAAUAUGUAAAUCACAUUGAAUUUCUGCCCCACAACAAUAAAUAUCUAUUAAGUGCAUCUGGUGAUGGAACUGUUAAGUGUUGGGACUAUGUUACUGGACAUUGCACUUGUACAAUUAACACAAAAAAAUAUUUAAGUGAUUCAAGACUUGAGGAAGAAUUCAAAAAAAUUAUGGAUGAAGAUGGUAUUGAAGUAGAAAGCCUUCCUAUAAUCCAUUUUACAACCUCAAAACUUAAUGAAAAUACUAGUUUAGUAGCUAUUUCAAUUUAUUCAUGUAAUGAUUUGCUUAUAUAUACUAUACAGACUGGUGUCCAAUUCCAUUAUAAACUUACAAGAACAUUACAAUUAAAAGAUUCCUUUAAUUGUAUACAUCUUUUUAAUACAGCACUGUAUGUGUUUAACAGUAGCAAUAAUAUAUUAAUUAAAUAUGAUAUCACUAAUUCUGAUAAUAAUAUUGCUAUUAAUGAAUCACAAACAAUAGAAAUGUUUAACAAUACUAAAAUAGAUGUAAAAAUUGACUUAGAACAAAACAUUAAGAUUUUGUUUAAGCGGAAGUUUGACAAUGUCCAAGAGUAUCAAGAGCGAAAAAAGAAUAGAUUAAUUAAAAAAACAUGACAGUGUGACGUGUUUCUAAUAUGCUGUAUUAUAUAUUUUUUCAGCUUCUGAAUGUUAUUAUUCAAAUGUUAAACUAAGAAAAAUGACUAUGUUUUAUAGGAUAAAUAAAACAAUUGUUUAACA